UGGAGGUCUUCGGUCCACUUCCGGGUUAUCAGCUUCUGCUCGCGGUUUGUUUCUUGUUGAAUUUCUUCAUCACAAAACUCAACAUGUCUCUAGAGAUUGAAUCGGCAGAUGUAAUUCGACUCAUCAUGCAGUACCUGAAGGAGAACAACCUACACAGGUCGCUGGCGAUCCUCCAGGAGGAGACGACCGUGUCGCUAAACACGGUGGACAGUAUUGAGAGCUUCGUGGCCGACAUCAACAGCGGCCAUUGGGACACUGUCCUCCAGGCCAUCCAGUCCCUCAAGCUGCCCGACAAGACCCUCGUAGAUCUUUACGAGCAGGUUGUGCUGGAGCUCAUAGAGCUGAGAGAGUUGGGUGCAGCGCGUUCCCUCCUCAGGCAAACGGACCCAAUGAUUAUGCUGAAGCAGACCCAGCCGGAGAGGUACAUCCACCUGGAGAACCUGCUGGCCCGCUCCUACUUUGAUCCCCGCGAGGCAUAUCCAGAUGGCAGCAGCAAGGAGAAGCGUCGGGCGGCUAUCGCUCAGGCCUUGGCGGGAGAGGUCAGCGUGGUGCCGCCGUCCCGUCUGAUGGCUCUGCUGGGCCAGUCGCUCAAGUGGCAGCAGCAUCAGGGUCUCCUCCCCCCCGGGAUGACCAUUGAUUUGUUCAGGGGCAAAGCAGCCGUCAAAGAUGUCGAAGAAGAACGUUUCCCCACGCAGCUCAGCAAGCUCAUCAAGUUUGGCCAAAAGUCCCACGUGGAAUGUUCCAGAUUCUCCCCCGAUGGCCAGUAUUUGGUGACCGGCUCUGUGGACGGAUUCAUCGAGGUGUGGAACUUCACUACAGGCAAAAUCAGAAAGGAUCUCAAGUACCAGGCUCAGGAUAACAUGAUGAUGAUGGACGACGCCGUGUUGUGCAUGAGCUUCAGUCGAGACACAGAGAUGUUGGCCACCGGCGCCCAAGACGGAAAGAUCAAGGUGUGGAAGAUCCAGAGCGGCCAGUGUUUACGGAGGUUCGAACGUGCGCACAGCAAAGGAGUCACCUGCCUGACUUUUUGCAAGGACAGCAGCCAGAUCCUCAGCGCUUCCUUUGACCAGACAAUCAGGAUCCACGGUCUGAAGUCGGGCAAGUCCCUGAAGGAAUUCCGAGGCCACUCGUCGUUUGUCAAUGAGGCCACAUUCACCCCUGACGGCCACCACAUUGUCAGUGCCUCCUCAGAUGGCACGGUCAAGGUGUGGAACGUGAAGACAACAGAGUGCAGCAGCACCUUCAAGCCGCUGGGCUCGUCGGCCGGCACCGACAUUACCGUCAACAAUGUCCUCCUGCUACCCAAGAACCCAGAGCACUUUGUGGUGUGCAACCGCUCCAACACCGUGGUCAUCAUGAACAUGCAGGGACAGAUCGUGAGGAGUUUCAGUUCGGGUAAGAGAGAAGGAGGCGACUUUGUGUGCUGCACAUUGUCACCGCGCGGCGAGUGGAUCUACUGUGUGGGCGAAGACUUUGUGCUCUACUGUUUCAGUACUGUCACUGGCAAGCUGGAGAGAACGCUGACGGUCCACGAGAAGGACGUGAUCGGAAUCGCCCACCACCCCCACCAGAACCUCAUCGCCACCUACGGCGAAGACGGCCUCCUGAAGCUCUGGAAGCCCUGAAAGAUCCCAGACGUGAACUCUUGGCCCUUGCUUGUUUGCUUGUGGCAAGACCACCACGGUGACGUUGUGAUCCCCCUGGAGAAGUUGAGAAGAAGCGACGUCGAAGACAUCACUUGUUAGUGCAUUACCGAGAGAGUUUAGAAAGUUUGGGGUUCAACUGGGUGGAUUUAUUUUUUAUUGUUGUCAUUUACACUUGUAUUUUUUUCCCUAGUUAUGUAAAUAUUUUGUAGGACUUUCUAUGCUCAUGUGUGUUAUUUUGCCCUGUAGUAUCAUUAGUAUCAGCACACAAAUUUCACACAAAUCAACAAUGGGAUUAUUCCAGUCCAUGUUAGAAACAACAAUCACCAUCUCAGUUACGGACAAGGCGGUUUAUUCAAUGUCUUUUUCCACCUUAACUGUGUUAUUAAAGCUGUUUAAGCGGCAUAUAA